UUUGGGCUAAAAAAACCACCUUUUUGCUGCCAGCCGAGCCCGACGUCAGGGGCCGCUGUGCGCUGCGCGGGGCUCCGCACGCGGCCGCCACACAAAGGCAGCAGCUCCGGUCCGCGCACCGCUCCGCAGGCAGGAUGCAGGUCCGGGGCUUCCUCCUCCUCCUCUUGGCGCUGAUCCUGCUGGCUGCCACCGCCGAGGCUGGCAAAAACAAGAAAGAGAAGGCGAAGAAGGACGGCUCCAAGUGCGAGGACUGGCGCUGGGGACCCUGCGUCCCCAACAGCAAGGACUGUGGCCUGGGCUACCGUGAGGGAACUUGCAAAGACGAGAGUAAGAAGCUCAAGUGCAAGAUCCCCUGCAACUGGAAGAAGAAGUUUGGAGCUGACUGCAAGUACAAAUUUGAGAGCUGGGGGGGAUGUAGCGCUCAGACUGGUGUGAAAACUCGCUCCGGCAUCCUGAAGAAAGCCCUGUACAAUGCCCAAUGUGAGGAGAUUGUCUAUGUGACCAAGCCCUGCUCUUCCAAGAUCAAAUCGAAGUCCAAAGCAAAGAAGGGCAAGGGGAAGGACUAGAGCGGGAAGCCAGCAUCCUCCUUGGCCCCUCAACACGGUGCCUAUGGGGCUGGAUGCCCAGCUGCAGCCGGCCCAUGCUCCAGUCUUCCUCCUCCUCCUCCUCCUCUCCUUCCUCCUUUCGAUGACCUCCUCUUUCACUGAGAUGCCUUGUUUUAAUCACUAGUGUUGUAGAGAGCAAACCCACCCGCCCUGCAGGAGGUGCUGCCCUGCUCCCUGCCACUGCUGCCAGUGCAUCCCACUCGCCUCCUUUCAGCUGGUGUCCUAGGUUUGCUGGGAUGCGCCUGGAGAGCUGGGAUGAGACCGCAACUUUUUUCCAUCCUCUGACACAGAUGUGUCUUUAGCACGUCCUUUGGCAAGCCCAGGACCCUCCUCACUCAUCUACCGGGUACUGGUGCUGGAGGGAAGGGCUGAGUGUUGAAUGCCUGAGUAACCCCAUCACUCUCGCCCCUUACUUACGUGAGGACUGCCCUCAGCUCUUCCAGCAUCCCUUCAGCCAGGGCAUGACUUCCCUGCAGCAGCUGGGGGAAACAAAUCCACUGCCCCCAGGAACCACCACAUCCCCUCUCCAUCACUUCUCACCACAUGUGUCCAUGCUGGGGCUGUAGCCCCUCUGCCUUCAACACGCUGACACCGGUGCUGGGUGGGAGCUCUCACUUCUUUUGGAAAAUGGGGUUUGUUUUAUUUUCCAAUAAAAAUCUUUUUAAAAAACCC